UUUGGACCUGACUGUCAGUGGAAUUGCGAUUGUGUAAUUAAUAAUACAAAAUUGUGUCACCCUGUAACUGGAGGAUGUGAUUGCUGGAAAAACUGGACAGGCUCUUAUUGUAGUGCUGAUGUUGAUGAAUGUUAUUUGCAAACAUAUAGCUGCCAACCACAUUCACACUGUAUAAAUAGCUAUGGAGGCUACCAAUGUAUUUGCACCGGAGAAGAUGGCUAUUUAACAGAUGAGAAUGGUACUUGUUAUCAUCUAGAUUGCACAUAUGAACUAAACAAUGGGACAGGAGAUAUCAUGAGCCCACAAUUUGGAUAUUAUAAUUACAUCAACAAUGCCAACUGUAGCUGGAACAUUACAGUAGGGAUGAAAGAAGUCAUUUCCUUAUGGUUUUCCUAUUUCCACACGGACACUGACAGUAGUUGUCAGAGUGACUAUAUGGAGGUGUUUGAUGGAAUUGAUGAAAGCUCCAGACUUAUAGGUCACUAUUGUGGAAAUGGAGUGCCAAAUGUUAUUAGAACUAGUGGAAACCAUAUGUAUGUUGUGUUUAGAUCAGAUGAAAAAAGCUAUUAUGCUGGAAAAAUUAUUGGCACUUAUAAGUCACAUGAAUGCCAUAGUUUUACCUACGGAAUACAGUCCUGUGAAAACAGUUGUCAGUGUGUUAAAGAAAAUACUGACCUCUGUAUCAACACCAAUGGGGAGUGUGUUUGCAAACCUGGUUGGAUGUCGAGAGAUUGCUCAGUAGAUGUGAAUGAAUGCCAGGGUGUCAACAAACUCUGCCCACCAAACUCUGAAUGCAUCAACACUAUUGGCAGCUACAUUUGUAAAUGCUAUUUGGGAUUUGUCCAGGCCUCUGCUAAUCAAUCUUGUUAUGAAAGCAAAGAAUGUAUUAUUAAACAAUGUUCCCAUUCUUGUCAUGUUCUACGCCCUGGUGUAGAGGAAUGUCUUUGUCCUAAAGGAAUGGAAUUAGAUGCAGUCACUGGUUUAGUUUGUUAUGUACCUUUGUAUCCAUAUGGAACAAAUAAUGGAGACCUUUUACUAGAAGAUACAUCCUUUCAACUUGGCUUUAAGAACAUCAGCAGACCAAUAUAUCUGACAUCUGGUGCACCUUUUGGAGAAUUUAUCAAAACCUCUGUUCAUGUAUCAUCCAAUGGUGCUUUUGGCUUUGGAGAUGGCACUUUUAAUUAUGGCUUUUUUUCAAACAUCCAUAUAAGUAUCAAGGAAGAGAGUAUCAUAGCACCUUAUAUGACAAACAUAAAUCCUGAAUCUGGCCGUGUUUUCUAUCAUCUCUAUGACAACUGGGGAGAGAAAUUUGCUGAUGCCAAAUUCAAACAGGACUCACCCAAAAUGAAUCAAGUUGUCACCAGAUCUGUGAACGAUAUUAAAGAGUACUACAAGUUGAAUGACUUUGAAGUUGAUUUUGUUUUCAUAACAACUUGGGAAAAUGUACAGCCGCUAUUAUUACCCAGCAUAAUAAAGGAGACAAACACAUUUCAGGCAGUCUAUAUAUGUGGAUGGGAAGUUCAAAAUGGGGAAUUAGUAGGGGAAAAGACUGGAUAUGUCAUUUUUCUCUAUCCAUAUGGAUACAUGAAGUGGUCCUAUGUUGUUGGCCGUUUAGUUACUGUUGGCAUAUCUGGUUCUCAGUCUUUAUUGUCCAGCCUAUCUGUUAUAGUCAGUCAGUUGGAUAGAGUACAAGGCAACAAAAGUUACGAUGGGGUGAUCAGUUAUGAAGUUGGUAGAGUACAAGCUAAUAGGAUGUGCUACAAUUAUCUAUACAAAAACUUCAAUCUGCUAAAUGAUGGCAGAUAUGGAGAUGAGAAGGAUGAACUUUAUAAAUGCCCUACUACGUUGGAAAGGCAAGGAGCACAGUGGGAACUCUAUUAUGAUUCAACUUUCGUCUCACCUGACGGUGUAGAAAUCCAUUGCUUUGCUAUAAAGCCUAUUGCAAAACAUCGAUUUUUAGCUAACAAUAGGAGGAAUAAACUUUGUUGUUAUAAGCAAAUGAAAUCUAGCACUGAACAAUGGGAUGAAUGGUACAGAAACUACAGAGAAGCUUUCUACAUGUCUGGCCAUGUGCUCAUAGCAGAUCCUAAAGAAUACAUUUCUCUUGUGCAACAAAACAUCUUGGCUGAACAAGAGUGUUGUGCUGAUGGCAGGGAUUCCAAGUCCUGUAACAGAUUCUAUAAAAUAUUCCCUGACAUGGGCUCCACUGACUUUGCAGAGUUUGUAACAGCUUCUGCUCUUGGAGACCCACACAUUACUACACUUGAUGGUCUCAACUACACAGCAAAUGUUUGGGGGGAGUACAUACUAUUAGAAAUACCUUCUGAAAAUUUCACCCUUCAGGCUCGGACAGAGAGAUAUGAAACAAGUGAUGGUGUGGUUACUAAUGCCACAGUUUUCACAGCCUUUGCUGCCAGGGAAUCAAACGAGAGCUUCUUCCAGGCAGAACUCUAUUAUUCCAACAAAUCCAUGGUUUUAUUUGCAAAUGGAAUCGACAUCACAAGAAAAUUUUACAGCAGUGAUUUUGUCACAGAGAUUUUGUCUGACCAGUACCUCUCAGUCGCGAAAGAAAAACAAAGCAACAAGACGCUGGUUGUCGUUAGCUUUCCCUGUGGAGUAACAAUUAAAGUGUAUACAGCCUUUAAAAGUCUGCUGAUUGAGGUUAAUGCCAUGGAAACACUUAUGAACAAAACACAGGGUCUUCUUGGAAACUUCAAUAAAAAUAUUUCUGAUGACUUUACAUUACCAAAUGGAACUAUGUUGCCAAUUAGUAGCUCUGAAAAAGAAAUUUAUGAACAUUUUGCCCAAGAAUGGAGAGUGACGCCAUCAAAUUCUUUGUUUCAAUAUGAAGAAGGAAAGAGUGUUAAUGAUUAUCAACAUGAUAAUUUCACACCAUUCUUUAGCAGCAGCAUUGACCUUAGCGACAAGGAGAAGGCAGAAGAGUUCUGUGGCAGUAACCAUCACUCUUGUGUAUUUGACUAUUUAGUCACCAGAAACCAAGCUUUUUCACUCUACACGAAACAUGUGACCGAAGAAAAUGCCAUUGUGCAUACAAAUAUUGAAAACCAUCCUCCAACAAUUAAAGUACCUAACAAUACAUUCGAUUCCAAUGGGAAUUGGCUGGUUUAUCAAGGGACACCAUCAACACUGCAGGUUCUUUGUGAAGACAUAGAUCAGGAUGAAAUUAUUUAUGAACUUUUGGGUGACCCAUUAGGUGUCACCAUAAAUAAAGCUGGCUUGUUAACCUAUAGACCAGACUAUAACCAAACCAUAUCUUUAAGCUUUAGGGCUAAAGAUUCUAAGGGAAGCUAUUCACCUGUUUUGAACAUUCCAAUAUCAAUUUGCUCACUGUGCAAUGGCCAUGGUGUAUGUGACAGCAAGACCACAAGAAAGCAGUCAGCUGAUGGGUUGUUUCAGAUACAAGUCUGUGAAUGUUAUCCAGCUUACACAGGUGCUUACUGUGACAUUGAGAUUGAUGCCUGUGCUUUGAGUCCAUGUUUCAAAGGACAGACCUGCACUGACCUAUCUGCUGCAGAGCAAGGAAAUAACUCAGUAGGAUAUAGAUGUGGACAAUGCCCAUUGGGGUAUAAGCCAUAUUUGCAAGCUUGUGUUGAUAUUGAUGAAUGCAAUGAAACCAGACCUUGUGAACAGAAAUGCACAAACACUGAAGGCUCAUUCCUGUGUGCUUGCUCCGAAGGUUACAGACUCAGCUAUGAAGAUCAAAGUACUUGUAUUGAUAUCAAUGAAUGUGAAGAAAGAACAUCUAAGUGUCACCAAAUUUGCAACAACACUGAAGGCAAUUAUACAUGUGACUGCUAUCCUUUCUACACGCUCGAUACUGAUGGAUUCACAUGUAACCUAGAUGGGGACAAAACUGAAGUGCGUUAUCAUUGUCAACAUAUUUAUGCUGUUGGAUCUUUCAGUAAUAAUUGUACAUGCAGACUUGGCUAUGACCGUAAACCCGAAGACCCUACAUAUUGUAUAGAUGUCAAUGAAUGUGAAUAUGGGAAUAAACCUUGUAGCCAGAAUUGUGUUAAUCUAGAAGGAUCCUAUGAAUGUUCUUGUUUUGUUGGAUAUCAACUAAAUGUAGAUGGAGUGUCCUGUGAAGCCUGCCAGGAACCAUACUACGGGAAAAACUGUUCCUAUAUUUGCCAGUGCAAUGGCCGUGGCAUUUGUGAUCCAGUGAGAGGUUGCCUGUGUAAUAGCCAGUGGACUGGUGCCAAUUGUGAGAAGGAUGUUGAUGAAUGUGCCCAACCACAUGCAUGCAAAGAGGGCAUGCUUUGUAUAAACACCAUAGGAGCUUUUAAAUGUGUGUGUCUACAUGGAUAUAAACUGGAGAAUGGUGUCUGUAUAGACUUGAAUGAAUGCCAAGAAUCUCUAGGAAACAUUAUAUGUGAUAUGAAAACAGAGAUGUGUAUAAACAAUUUGGGAAGUUACACCUGUGAAUGUAAAAGUGGAUUUAGCAGAAACAACAUGUCUACUUGUGUAGACAUUGAUGAGUGUGAGAAACUAAUUGACCAAUGUGAACAUAGCUGUCAGAAUGUUCCUGGCACAUACAACUGUCAAUGUAACUUUGGAUACAUUCUGGCAGAGGACAGGCAAACUUGUAAUAGAGUGAAAAAUGUAUGCCAGACUCAUAAUUUAAGCUGCAGCUAUGGAUGUAAAUUGAAUCAUUAUAACCUGAUGGAGUGCUAUUGUCCUAAGGGAUAUCAACUAGAUUCCUUAGGCCAAUGUGAAGAUGUGAAUGAAUGUAAUUCAGAGACUGAGAAUCUCUGUGCCGAUGCAAGUCUGUGUACAAACACUAAUGGCAGCUUCACAUGCUCAUGUAGGCCUGGGUUUAAGCUGGACAAUGAUAAUCGCUCUUGUAUUGCUUGUCAUCCAAGUACAUGGGGUCCUAACUGUGCCAACAGUUGUGCCUGUAAAUAUGGAACAGAUCACUGUAGUCCUUUUACAGGAUGUGUAUGCAAACAAGGUUAUACAGGGAACCAAUGUAAUAUAGACAUUGAUGAAUGUGUAACUGGUCAGAAGAAAUGUGAGAUUAAUGAAAAAUGCAUGAAUGUGCCAGGAACAGCAACUUGUGUGUGUCAAGAUGGAUUUCAAAGAAUAAAUGGAAGCUGUGAAGAUAUGGAUGAAUGCCAGGAUAUAUUAACUAACAACUGCAGCCAGCAAUGCUCCAACUAUGCAGGGGGUUUCACUUGCUCCUGUUAUCUUGGCUUUUCAUUUAACGAUGGCCUAUGUCAAGAUAUAGAUGAAUGUAAGUUAGGAAAAGCCAAAUGUGAACAGAUUUGUGUCAACACUGAGGGCAGUUAUCGGUGCACAUGCAACCCUGGUUUAGUUCUACAAACAGACGGCUUAACUUGCAAAACUAAAGUUGAGUGCGACAAGAGCAACAACUGCAGCUAUAAAUGUAGUGUUAUGAAUGGAACAGAUCAGUGCUACUGUCCCAAGGGGAAAACUCUAGCUCAAGACUUGAACAAUUGUGAUGAUGUCAAUUUAUGUGAACAUUCCCACUGUACUUUUGAAUGUGCUGAGACUGACUCUAACACUAGCUAUACUUGCAUGUGUGGACUUGGCCAGUAUUUGGCUUCUAAUGGCAUUGACUGUCUAGAUUGUGUUGAAGGCAAGUGGGGCCCUCUUUGUGCUAAUACAUGUAACUGUACAGCUGUGAACACAUUGCGAUGUGAUAGAUUGUCUGGUUCAUGUCAAUGUAAGUCAGGAUGGAGUGGACCUCAGUGUGAGAAGGACAUUGAUGAAUGUGUGCAAGGCUUAGCGCUGACUGUUCAGCUAACUCAAGAUGCCAGAACAUUGAUGGGGGCUAUGUUUGUACUUGCAUUGAUGGUUUUGUAAAAAACCAAACCAAUGGAGUAUGUCAAGAAUGCGAUUCAAACUUCUAUGGAUCUUCAUGUGCCUACAACUGCUCUUGUGGGGACAAAAGCUUGUGUAACAAGGUGAAUGGGUCCUGUUACUGUGUGCCAGAGUGGACUGGCGAUAACUGCAAUCAAGAUAUUGAUG